AUGGAUACAAUAGCAAAUUCCAUAAAGUUGCUUGGUCUGUUAUUGGUGAUGAUGUAUUUGAGGCUGUUCAACAAUUCUUCAGAAAUAGGAAGCUUCUCCAGGCUUGGAACACUACUGCUGUUCACCUCAUCCCCAAGCAGACUCAAAUUGGUUCUUGGUCAUAUUAUCAGUCCUUCUCAGGGUGCCUUUGUGGAAGGGCGCAAUGUUAUGCAUAACAUACUUCUGUGCCAGGAUAUUGUAAAGCAAUAUGGUCGGAAACACUGCCCUCCUAGUACUUUAUUAAAGAUUAACUUGAGGAAGACAUGUGAUACUUUGGAAAGCUCAGCCCAAUUCUUCUUGAUUCUAAAUGGAAGCCCCAUGCCUCGGUUUAAAUCAAAGAGGGGAAUCAGACAAGGAGACCCAAUGUCCCCUUCGAUUUUUUUGAUUUGCAUGGAGUAUCUUUCUAGAUUACUAAAGGUUGCUGGGAAUCGUGAGAACUUCAGAUUUCACCCAAGGUACAAUAGACUCAAACUAAACCAUCUGUGCUUUGCGGAUGAUUUAAUGAUAUUUUUUCGGGGUGACAUGGCUUCUGUUAGAAUCCUUCUAGAUAAAUUACGGAUUUUUGCAAACUCCUCUAGUUUGGUUGCCAACUCUUCAAAAUCUGACAUGUAUCUUGCAGGUAUCCCUACUUCGUUGAAACAGUAUAUAGUGGAUUCUUGUAAUAUUCCUUUGGGUUCUAUGGCCUUUUGCUAUCUGGGGGUUCCGGUCUCUCACAAACAUAUUUCUGUAGUUGAAUAUGAACGUCUUGUUGCUAGAAUGACCACUAAGAUAAGAUCUUGGAAAGUCCGGAAUCUCUCUUAUGCAGCUAGACUACAACUUGUUUCUUCUGUUUUGAUGAAUAUCACAAACUUUUGGUGUCAAAUCUUUGUGUUUCCUAAGAAGGUGCUAAAACAGGUGAAUACAAUCUGUAGAGCAUAUCUAUGGCAUGGGAAAGCUGAUUCUGAUACCCCUGGAAAUAUGAAUUGGGCUAAGAUUUGUACUCCAAAAAAGUUGGGUGGCCUGGGUAUUCGUAACCUGGAAGUGUGGAAUCUAGUCGCAGUGGGUAAACAUGUAUGGCAUAUAUUCUCUAUGAUUGACUCCAUGUGGGUCAAAUGGGUGCAUGGUGUCUAUACCAAGGGUGGAAAUUGGAGGGUGCAUAAUAUCUCUUACUCUAUCAAAGAAGUCUAUCAUGAGCUCUUAGGGGUUGGGCAGCCAGUUGACUGGGCAGGGUUUGUAUGGAAUAGAAAUUCCAUUCCCAAAGCUCGAUUCAUAUUAUGGUUAGCGGUGAAUGAGAGAUUGAAGUCUAGAGACAAGCUGGCUGCAUUAGAGCUCAUCCCUACUGACACAUGUCCUUUAUGA